UUAAGGUAUGGUUGGAAACUAUCUGAUAUUCCUUAUCAAUGUGAAUGUGGUGAAUCAUUUAACAUCGAUCACUCCAUGGUAUGUAAGAAAGGGGGAUUCCCGACCCUAAGACAUAAUGAAGUCAGAGACAUAACAGCUGAUUUACUACGAGAAGUCUGUCAUGAUGUUGUUACUGAGCCUACCUUGCAACCGCUAUCAGGUGAAAGUUUUAGUUAUUCUACUGCCAACGUAAUGCCGGAGGCUAGAGCGGAUAUCUCUGCUCGUGGCGUGUGGAGGGCUGGAGAAAGAGCAUUCUUCGAUGUAAGGGUAUUCUACCCAAACGCUCCAUCCAGCUUGAAACACCCCAACUUAGAAUCUGCUUUUAGAGUGCAUGAGAAUGAGAAGAAACGUCAGUAUGGUGAGCGAAUACGAGAAAUUGAACACGGAUCUUUUACUCCACUUGUCUUCAGUUCGACAGGAAGCACAGGUCGAGAGGCUACUACGUUCUAUAAGCGCCUUGCAAGUCUCCAUGCAGCAAAAUCGGGUGAACACUACAGCAAAGUUAUGCAGUUGAUAAGAUGCAGGCUUUCUUUUGCUCUUCUACGAUCAAGCAUCUUAUGCAUUCGUGGAACACGAUCCAGUUUCUAUAGACCUAUCAAAGUGGACUUGUUGGGACUCAUUGAAAGUGAGGCCCAUCUAGAUGAGUAGAUGUUGACUAUAGCUUAUCUUGAUAGUUUAGGCAUAAUAACGUAAAGUAGUAACUGUCUCUUAGUGGUAACCAUCUUUAGUUGUUUGUUUUGCUGCGUGGGUGUUAUCUGUCAGCUGCUAAUAUUUGGUGUUUUGGCUUUUUGAAAUAUACUACUACU